AGUCCAAGGCGUACGGUAGUAACAGUCUAGAGUAGAAAAGGAAGCACAGAUCAUCAUCCCUAGAUCACGUUCACAUUUUUGAUCGUCUUACUCGAAAGUGACAACUCGCAAAGUCGUAGUUUUUACCGCGCGCCCAGUAGGGCAACUUGCUUUACCAGCUUUUGAUAUGUGAAGUAAAUUUUUGAGUUUAUCAGUUUAGAAUUUUUUGAAAAAAGCAUGAUCUUCGAACUCCAGCUUUUCUAUUCCCUUUCCUGUCGCAAACAAAACCUCCAAUUGGAGCAAUGACCACCCGCCGUAAGUCAGCCAGCUUCUUUGGUUUCUUCUCGUGCAGCAGUGCAGCAUAGCCCGACGCACACGGCACCUUCUACAACUAGGAGUUUCCACGACCCUGUCUGAAGCAAACACUCCGACGGAGACGACAAUAUAGGAAACGGAGCGUCGCAGCAAGAAGUACUACCUAGGAGCAAGGCCGGAGCGAGCUGUUGUGGGCGCUGUUUUCGACAAGAACACGAACGAACUGCCAAGUAGAAAGCUGUUUUCAGCACCAGGUCAAUAAACUGAGCAGGGUUGCUCCGCAGAUUCCGCGACUGAGCAGGGUUGCUCCGCACUAGAGCGCUGUUUUCAUCACCAGGUCAAAUUUAGCAGGGUUGCUCCGCAGAUUCCGCGACUUCUUUUCGCGUCGAGAUUGCGUCGAGCCGUUAGUACUCUGCAGUUUGGUGUAGUUAGAAGUUGUGGUGGGAUUUUAAAACCGGUAGACGACGAAGAUCAAGGACAUCAAUUUACUUUCGUCGAACACUAUACUACCAUAACCACCGACAUUCUCGACCGCGACUACCCGACGAGGACUACACCGUUUUUCUACACGACAAAAACGCACGGACGAGGGCCUGGCUCGGUGUGUAAAAUCUACCAGCAACGGUGGACGAGGCCCACACGACGUUGCGAGUGAACAUAAUCCAUCCCAAAGGAGCCGCGCCCAAAACACGACAAGAUGGUGGUCCUCUCCGCGGCAAUAUUGUCGAAAAAGAAGACCCUGCUUGCCAGGCAAUUCGUCGACAUGACCAGACUACGGGUCGACGGCUUGCUGUCGGCCUUCCCAAAAUUAGUCGACUCAGGUACAGCGACCUUCUGGAGAUAUAUGAACAUGAACUUUUCAUUUUCUUUUGUUCCUCACUCUUUUCGGUUGUUUAAUCCCCCACUGCUUCUGCUGCAUUUUCGAAAACAAUAGGUCGAAGACUUUCCUCUCGAAGUUCUUCUGAUGUGUGGAGACAUUUGUGAAUCUUUGUUUUUUCAAAUAAAUUAUGAUCAUCCAUGCAUACCUAAAACAGAGAAGGGCAAGGACCAUACGUACAUCGAGACGGAGUCCGUUCGGUACGUUUACCAGCCCAUGGAGAAGCUGUUUCUCCUUCUGAUCACGAACAAAACCUCCAACAUUCUCGAAGACAUCGAGACCCUGCGACUCCUGGCAAAAACCGUGCAGGACGGGUGCAAAAACGUGGCGGUCAGCGAAGAAAGCGUGUUGCAGAAUGCUUUCGACAUCAUCUUCGCCUUCGAUGAAGUUAUUUCCUUCGGGUACUAUUUAUCAUACAGUUACAGACAGGAUUCUGAAAACCUUUGAACAAGAAGAUCAAGAUGAUACAACUGAUGCGACUCGUGCAUGUAGUACAAGGUCAUGGCGCGGGGACAGAGUCCCCGCGCUGCGACCUUGCAGCGAAGAAGAGCCGCACGCGGUGGCUUUUCUUGUCCAUGAUGCAGAAGGUUUUUCUGUCCUGUGAGACAGAAAGGGGUGGGCCUGGCGCCCGUGGAGCCGGCGCCCUCAGUAGGGUAAGCGUGCGCCCCGUGGGCUCCGGCCCUAUAGGCCAUGGCCCGCCCGCCGGCGCUGUAGGCCACGGCCCGCACAUAGGCUACGGCCCGCCAUAGGCUACGCCCCGUAGGCUGCGGCCCGUCCAUUGGCUGCGACUGGUAGCUCGGCAGGCUACGGCGCGGCCCCGUAGGCCCUUCGUUCUCCUGUGCCCCGUUGGCGGCCAUACAGGAAAGGACCCACCCCGGCGGGGCUGGCGUGCGUACAGGAAAAGCAAGAGCCGACGCUUCUCGGGCUCCCUCGUCUUUUUGUUUUCUCCUCCCUGUGCCCCGUUGGCGGCCAUACAGGAAAGGACCCUCCCCGGCGGGGCUUGUGAGUGUGGGCGCGCACAGGAAAACAACUGAUGCGACUCGUGCAUGUAGUAUCUGCCAUGCAGGACGAGCCAAUGUAUCAAAUGCAAAAAUGUCUGGGUCUGGAAUGUUGCCGGCUUUGUCAUGCAUAUUCUGCAUGACCCAGGAUGUCUGUAAUGCACGACCUAGCAUCACAGAUUUUUGGCGGGCUUCCUGAUGCCUACUCCGCAUGACAAAUGCCCUCCCCGCGUAGCACAAACUAGCCUCCUUCUGCUGGUCAUGCAAUACAGAUUUUUUUAGAAUCCAAAGUUAGCAUCACAAGUUCCAACCUUCCAGACCCAGACACUUUUACACUUGAUACAAUGCCAAAGAGAGAAACUCACAUCUCAUCUCGCUGACCCUUCCUCAGGUACCGGGAGAGCGUCACUUUGUCGCAGAUCAAGCAGUAUUUGGAGAUGGAAUCAAACGAUGAAAUAUCCAGAAAAAAACACCCAUCCACAUCCAAUUUGUCAUGCAAAACAUACAGAAAGUUCUGUGUUUGUCAUGCAAAAGAUGGAUGUGGAUGGGUUUUUUUCUGUGGAUAUGAAAAGCUGGCGCAACGAAUCGAACAGAGCAAGAUAAACGAGGCGAAAGAGCUCGCAAAGAAGAAAGCGCUGGAGCUCAGCCCGGACAGGAAAGGCUUCGGCUCAGCCAACAUGCCAAAACCCGUGGAAAACGAAAUUCACAGUAUAGCAUCAUGGAAUUAAUAAAUGAUGUUUUGUAUCUCGAAGCCCUUGAUUUGCGUUUGCGUCUUCUCGAUUGUAGUUUUUGUGAUACGCAAUCACAAGAUUCUUGGAUGCUGCCAAGAAGCUUGAUGAUCUUCUACUUGUCAUUUACAAACCUGAACUUUCUUUUGCCAACUUCUCGUCAGCGCAAUUGGAGCAGAUGAAGCCACCAGUGCAGGAGGUGGAGACAAAUUUCGCUGCCGCUGCCGCCGCGGCAACACCAGGAGCGACGAACGCCAUUCAGGCAAGCCUGCCAAAACGAGGUACUAGAAAAGAACUUAACAAUUCGAAAAACUACCUGGAUUUCAUCAAUUUCAUCUGUUGAGUCACGUGCUCAUUUGAUGGCCUGUAUUUUGGUUGUCUGGUGUUGCGUCGUGUGUCCAGCGUAAGAAAACGAAAAGCGUAUGAAUGCGUUAAUAAAGUUCUUAUUGCGCCGCAAAAAAAUCUAGGUAUGCAGCUCGGCCGAAAAAAGCCAGCACCCGCGGCAGACGCCUUCUCAACAGCAAUGGCAACGAACGAGGUACCUGCGCAAGUCGCGGGAAAUAUGCCAGUUGCACCAGCAGGCGGGGCGGCAGCUGCGAUGGCACCAGGUACACUGAUCCCUCAGUACUUGAUUUUAUUGUGCGUGUUUACCCCCGUGUAUAGGUAGAUUCGCCUUGCUUAAGACAAGCACGUGAAAGCAAAACUGCUCGGCAAAAAAAUGCAUAAAAAUUCCAGUUGAGCCACCAAGAGCGCCAGUAAACCCACUCCAAGAGCCAGUUUCCAUUCUUGUGGAAGAAACAGUAGAAGCUGCGCUUGGGGCAGAAGGCGGCCUGCUCGGCGAUUUGACGCUGCAAGGAAAGUUCGAGGUACAGGUUUUGUCUUGCAAAAAAAAAUUUUCAUGUCGUAUCCAAAACUACGAUUUAUUUGACUUUCAUCAAGCGAUUGCGUAAGAACUUUCAUUCAAGUACAACUGGAUAGCAUCUUCGCACCUCUUGCUCUUCGCAGCAAAACAAUAUUGUCUCCUCAACACUCAGAUAACCGUCCACGACGACGCUAAGGCGGACCUUGCGUCCUUUAAACUGAAGCAGCUCAGUCCCAAGUUCAAGUACCGGCUGCAUCCGAAUCUCAACAAGGCGGCACAAGGGAACAAUCUGCUGGAGAUCCGCGACCCCACAAAGAAAUACCGCCCCAACGCGGCAGCGGCGCUACUGAAGUGGCAAUACAAAGCGGAAGAAGAGGACCUCGUGCCACUUUCGGUACGAAAAGUUUUUUUACGACGUAGCCAGCACCCCCCGCUGUCGCACCGAUGGAUCUGAGUAGCAAAAGCGAAUCUGUAGUUAAGCGUGGCUUUCUUGCUGUAUCAUGCGAGAAAGCCUUGCUGUUUCGCAAUUUUUCCAUCAAACGAAACUCAGGUAACCUGUUGGCCAAGUCCAGAAGCCGAUGGAGUGCAAAUGAUCAUCCAGUACGAACUUACGGAUGAUAACGCCAAACUCGAGAACAUUGUCAUGCGAAUCCCGACGUCAGGUGGUGUUCCGCAAAUAAAGUCCGUCGAAACAGGCGAGGCGUCAAUGGUCGGGGCGGAGUGGCUGCAGUGGUAUAUGACAUACGAUGUUGUUUGUUCUUCUAUGUGCUUCUAUCACAGGACAGUCGAUGUGAAGAACACCGUCAUGUGGUGGAGUUUCAACCGGUCAUGCUCAUGCAGUGGCUACACGACAUUCCUUUUUUCUUUUGCGCGCACAGCAUGAGAAAUCGAUACUUCAAGCUCGUAAAUUAUUCCAUCCUCCCCCACAUCAGGGCCAUCCCCAGCAUCGACGCGUCCUCGAACGCGGGCACGCUGGAGUUUUUCGCCCGCGUCGACGCCGCCAACAUGCUCCCGGUGCAGGUCCGAGCGUACGCGAGCAAGAGCGUCUGCCCCAUGGACAUCGAGUCGGUGUACCACCAGUCCUCGCAAGAGGUACUGAAGUACGCGAUGACGCAGCGCUGCGAGUACCAGCUCACCAUUGGAUAACGAACCGCGUACGCAGCUCCUGCUUGUGCAGCUUCCUGGUGGCAGUGAUGGUGUUGCCUGUGCGCAGCACGACGAAGAAUUGAAUCGUGACGCGACAAAUAAACAAGCGCUCAUCAAAAUGAUGACUGGGAUUCCAAGAAAGUUCCAACAUAAAGGUACGAGUAACUGACCUCAGCGCGACCACGGUCUGUGUAUCCCACAAGAAGUGUGCUGAAACUUCCCGCCAUAGUUUCAGGUCUACCCCGCGACAAAAACGACCAAUUGUGCUGCUCGUUCUCAUGAUGAUCUGUAAGCAGCAUCAGCAUGGGUUGAGAAGUAGAAAACUACGAGCACCACCAGUGCCGAAUGAUCGCCCAGCACGAUGAGAGCCACCGUGAGUGUCUAU